AUGGGUUGCGCCGAGGAGAGGAAGGUGUUAUAUACUACGUAUAUAUUGACAGGGGACGCAAAGAUGUGGUGGCACAAAGCUCGUGCUAUGCUGGAGGCCCAAGGUGAAGUCAUCACUUGGGCUAUGUUUAGAAGUAGUUCUCUGGGGAAGUUUUUUGCUUCUCAUGUUCAUGCUGCCAAAAAGCAGGUGUUUCUAAACUUGGUGCAGGGAAACUCAUUAGUUUAUGAGUAUGCAAUACAGUUUGAGCGGCUCUACAAAUUUUAUUCUCACCUGACCUCGGAGGAGUGGAGAUGUCAGAGGUUUUCAGACGGGCUGAGAACUAACAUAAAGAGGAUUUUGAUCCUACUCAGGAUCACGGAAUUUGCUGACUUGGUAAAUCAAGCCACCAUUAUAGAGAGUCUUAAUGCUGAGGAUGUUGGUGGAGUUGGGAAGGCUUUAUCUAAUAGAGCCGCUAGUAGCUAUGGUAAUGGAGGUAAGGGUGCUAAGAAGGGCCCCUACAGUCGGUCGCUACGCCAACAACAGUCUUGA